AUGAUUGGAUUAAAGGGAACAUUAAAUGUCAUUGACAACUCUGGAGCUAUUAUUGCAGAAUGUAUUCGAGUCAUGAACGGUGCACGUUUCGCCAGAGCAGGAGAUGAAAUUGUGUGCGUCGUCAAACGUGCUAGACCCAUCAACCCAAGUAUUGUAGGAACUCAGGCAGCAACACAAAAAGUAAAGAAAGGUGAUGUUCGACAUGCACUUGUUGUUCGUACAAAGAAAGAAAUGACACGACCUGACGGACGCACGAUUCGUUUUGAUGAUAAUGCUUGUAUUUUAUUAAACCAAAAGAAAGAACCUUUAGGCACUCGUAUAUUAGGUGUUGUUGCUGCUGAACUAAGGACAAAGAAUUGGAUGAAGGCUGUUUCACUUGCUCCUAGAAUUGUAUAA